AUGGAGGGUGCUCUUGUGAGUGUGGCGACGGGAGCUUUGAAACCGGUGGUGGAGAAGCUGUUUGCUCUGCUUGGUGAUAAGUACAAGCAGUUCAAGGGGGUGCGGGACCAGAUCAGGUUCCUCACCAACGAGCUCACCACCAUGCACGCCUUCCUCCUGAAGAUGUCGGAGGAGGAGGAGGCAGGUCAUGAUCCGCUGGACAAGGCGUGGAUGAAGGAGGUUCGGGAGCUGUCAUACGACAUGGAGGAGUCCAUCGAUGACUUCAUGUUGCAUGUCGGUGACAAAGAUGCUAAGCCAGAUGGCUUUAUCGACAAGAUCAAGCACUCGUUGGGGAAGUUGGGGAAGAUGAAGACUCGGCGCCGGAUCGGAAAAGAGAUCGAAGAGCUGAAGAAGCAAAUCAUUGAGGUGGGCGACAGGAAUGCAAGGUACAAGACAGGAGGUGUCAUCUCCAAGAUGAGCAACUUGACUAUCGACCCUAGAGCACUUGCUAUCUUUGAGCAUGCCUCUAAACUGGUUGGAGUUGAUGAACCCAAGGCUGAGAUAAUUAAAAUGUUGGCUGAAGAGGAAGGAUGUGGAUCAGCGCCACAACAUCCGAAGGUGGUCUCCAUCGUUGGAUUUGGAGGAAUAGGCAAAACAACCCUCGCGAAUCAAGUGUAUCAAGAGCUCAAGGCGCAAUUCCAGUGCAGCGCUUUUAUAUCUGUGUCUCGCACUCCAGACAUGAUGAGUAUUCUGAGAACUAUUCUUAGUGAAGUCAGCAAUCAAAAGUAUGUAGACACUGAAGCAGGGAGCAUCCAACAUUUGAUCAGCAAGGUCCAUGAUUUCCUAACAGACCAAAGAUACAUUAUCGUAGUUGAUGAUAUAUGGAGCGUGGCAGCAUGGGAAAUCAUUAAGUAUGCAUUCCCCAUGAUGAGUGGAGGCAGCAGAAUAAUCACAACUUCCCGUGUUAAAGAUGUUGCUCAUUCAUGUUGCUCAUCAUUCAGUGGUUGUGUCUAUAAUAUAAGGCCUCUUGAUAUGAUGCACUCAAGACAAUUGUUCCAUAGAAGACUAUUCAAAUCUGAAGAAGAUUUCCCUUCACACCUCAAAGAUGUUUCAGAUCAAAUAUUGAAAAAGUGUGAUGGAUUACCUUUGGCAAUCAUUGCAAUAUCUGGUUUACUGGCUGACAGAGAAAAUACAAAAGAUGAAUGGGAUCAAGUGAAAGUUUCAAUAGGUUGUGCACUUGAACGAAAUCCUAGUGUUGAAGGAAUGAUGAAGAUAAUAUCACUUAGUUACUUUGAUCUUCCUGCUCAUCUCAAAACUUGUUUACUGUAUUUGAGUAUAUUUCCUGAAGAUGAUAUUAUUCAGAAGAAGACCCUGAUAUGGAAAUGGAUUGCUGAGGGAUUCAUUUAUAAUGAAGGCAGAUAUACACUGUACGAGUUGGGAGAGAAGUGUUUCAAUGAGCUUGUCAACCGAAGUCUAAUUCAACCUGUGAAGACAAAGUAUGGUGUGGUCAAGAGGUGUCGAGUUCAUGACACCAUCCUUGAUUUCAUUAUAUCAAAGUCAAUUGAAGAGAACUUUGUUACUUUAGUUAGCGAUUCCAAUACAACUGAAAUGCAAAGCAAAGUUCGUCGGCUUUCUCUCCAAGGAUACAAUGAAGGGAAUUUAUUUGUGCCAGAUAACUUAGUCUUGUAUCAUGUCCGAUCACUUCAUGUGUUUGGGCAUUCAGGGGAUACCCAUUCUCUGGAUCGAUUCACACAUUUGCGUGUUCUGGACUUUGUAGAUUGUUACCACUUAGAAAACCAUUAUGUUGAAGAUAUAUGGAGGCUAUUGCAGUUGAGAUACCUAAACCUCAGAUGGACACAUGUUAGUAAGCUGCCUCAGCGAAUUGGAGAUCUAUUGUGCUUAGAGAUGCUAGACAUAAGAGACACCACCGUAGAUGAAUUACCAACCUCCAUUGUCAAUCUCAAAAAAUUGGCGCAUCUAUAUGUUGAUUUUCGUGUUAUAUUUCCUGAUGGAAUUGCAAAGAUGCAAGCCGUAGAGAAGUAUAUAAAUGUCCAUGUCUCCCGACAAUCAACAAAAUUCCUGCAAGAACUUGGCCAGUUGAAUAAUUUGAAGAAAGUGCGCCUUAAUUUGAAAGGUGUUUGUGGCACGGGAGACGAAAAUGGAGUUGCAGAGGUGGACGUGAAAGCCAUUGUGUCUUCUCUGCAGAACCUUCAUACUCUUAAAAUUAGUCAUGCUGGCAACUUCUUGACGGAAGCAUUUUUGCCUAGGCCAGCCCUCAAAAACCUCCAGGUUUCGGGUUCAACCGUCACAAGGGUUCCGAAUUCAGUGGGCUCCCUCGUCAACCUCCGGUCAUUAAGGCUUUCGAUGGUAUGUUUCAGGGAGGAAGACCUCUGUAUUCUUGGUGGAUUACCCGCUCUGCUCAAACUGAGGAUAAUAAUUAGGAAGUGUGAAGAUAUCGCUGAAACCAGAGCCAUAGUCAGUGGUGCACACGGAUUUUCGUGCUUAAGGAAAUUUCUUUAUGCCAUACGGCAUGGCGAAAUGGAUCUUAUGUUUGCAGCAGGAUCCAUGCCGAAGCUAGAAGUUUUUACUACUCGUUUCGAUGUAGUUAAAACAGAGUCUUUCACUGGCGGCGAUUUCGAUUUCGGAAUUGAAAACCUCACCUGCCUCACUACAGUCAAAUGUAAAGCAUAUGGCCGUACAAUCAAGACUGAUGACGCCGCAAAGGCUGCUAUGGAGAGGAAAGUGAGAACACACCCCAACCAGCCUAGCCUGACAUUUAAUUAUUAUGUUCCGAUGGUGGACAGUUCGGGGGCACUAUACUACACUACAGCGUGAGGCCGGGAGGCGUAGAAGACGAGCGUGGACCGCAGAAGAAUAUGGCGCACACUAGGAUUGGCAUCUGGGCAAUGGCCUUGUUGGCGUAGCCAUGGUGGUGGAGGACAGCGUCGACCUUGGCGGUAACGGUGAUGCGGACAGAGCCGGAUGUCUAGAAGGUGGGAUGGUGGUGGCAGGGCGGACGCUACGAGGUUUCCCAGACUUCAUUCAAGCAUGUCCGGAAAGCUUCUGGAUUACUAUGGUUCAAAUGCUAGCAGAGCACGCACAUCGUUAUUUCCAUCCGGUGCAUGCACUAUAUUCAAACAGGUUUAAUUGUUGUAAGAUCGUUCAGUGCUUUGAGUUCAUCUGGAUCUUACUGUAAGAUUUAAGCUUAUUCCGUAUUGUCACCUGUAAUUAUGUUUUGGAGUUCAGUUGUUAGGUUUCAAAGAUGUGGACUUCACCUGUAGGAAAGAAUUUUUUUCAACCUGUCUACAUAGUCCUUGUCAAGAAACUAAGAAGUUCCGUACGAACUUUAUUAGGAGCAGCAGUGUGCAUAUGGGAUGUUUGUAUCAUAUUCGUACAGUCUUUAGCUUCCACAAGGAUUGCAGGCGUUUGAAUUAUGAUGUCAAUUGUUUAAGUUCUGUUUCUUUCUGUUCA